AUGAAUCGACAUCAGAUAUUAACAGGAGCUUGCAACGGUGGUGAUUGUUAUGCACUUGGAAGUGUUGAGGGAAUCAAUUUUGUGGCAUAUGCAUCUGGAAGUGACAUUGUGAUUCUGGCCAGUAACUUUGAGCGUGUAGUUACCAUACCUGGUGUGCUGAGGGGAAACAUCAAAGUGAGCUGUGUUGAUUGCUCAACAGACACAGGAAAGAUUGCUGCCAGUUUUGGACGAAAAAUACAUAUAUUUGAACCCACACCUUCUAACACAAGAAGUAGUCACAAAUUGGAUUAUCGCUGGUUUCCUACUGCUGAGCUGGAUGCUGACUGCUUUGUAAGAUGUCUCAGUUGGAAUGUAGAAGGUUCACGUCUGCUGACAGGAGGAGAAGUAAUUCAGAUCUGGGAGUUUGUAGUCAAUGCUCCAUUUGUACCAAGUGUUCCACCAAAAGUUCAGUUCCACUUGGGAGCUGCUGGGAUCGGGGAGGAUGAUGACCCGGCAACACACCGUCUGGUUCAGGCCAUUGCUGACCCUGACUACCUGAUAGACCAUCACUCAGAGACGGACCCAGGCCAGUGGGAAUGUGUGUGGAAAGUCAAGCCAGCAUCUCCAGUAACACACCUGAAAUUCUCACCUGACAGUUUUGUUUUUGCUUCUCUGGGUCAGAAUGAAAGACUUGUAAAAAUUUGGUAUGAAGAUCAAAAAGUAUCUCAAGGUCUCAUGCGGCAUGACAGUGUACUGAGCCCUAAGAAAAACUCCAUUCAUUAUUCAUUUGUGUAUAUUAGUCAUCCAAGAGCAGUGACAGGGUUCGAGUGGAGGCAGACAAGCAAGUACAUGCCAAGGGGUUCGGUGGCCAACAUGCUGGUGACCUGUUGCGAAGACAAUGUAUGUCGGAUCUUUGUUGAGACAAUCCUCCCAGAUGCUGGACUGCUUGAUCUGGAACAGUUUGAUCCAGCAGCGGCAUCCUCUGAAUCCAAAUAUCACACACAAAGGCACAAAAAAAGAUUUGUACAAAGAAUUAAAACUAUUCGACAAGCUAUACACAAACGUCGCAAACAUCCAAAAUCAGGUGCCGAUCACCUGAUGAAUGGCGAAUCUAUGCAGAACUCUACAAGCGUGCAUGAUUUUCACAAGUUUGCCAUCCAGCACAAUGGCGUCUCACCUGUGCUACAUUUUCAUUUGGCAUGCAGCAUAAACCCAGACACAGACAUCCCAUUACUGCCCAUUAUUGGCAACAAGGAGGAUGUGGAGAGCAACUUUAGACUUCACUGGCUCAACAACAAAGAUUUGGAGUUCACAAUUGAAGCAGAGAAACUGCUGCAGGAGUUGCACAACCGACUAGUGGCAGAUGAAGGUGUCUUGUUACAACAGUCCUCCACUCCAAACCAGGCUCUGAGCGAUGAUGAGAAUGACAAUAUGGAUGGUGAUGAUGAUGAUAAUGAUAAUGAUAAUGAUAAAGAUAAUGAAA